UGGGUUCCAGCGAGGUCUACGUGCAAGCUCCUAAGGUUCUUGCUUUUCCAAAUCAAGAAGACAGUGCACGAAGCCAGGGGACAUCAGCCAUGCUCCAAACAUCUUGGCCUCAGGAGCCAGUGACCUUUGAGGACGUGGCCGUGUACUUCACCCAGAAUCAAUGGGCCAGCCUGGACCCCACGCAGAGGGCCCUGUACCGGGAGGUGAUGCUGGAGAAUUAUGCGAGUGUGGCUUCUCUGGUAGCAUUUCCAUUCCCCAAACCUGAUCUGGUCUCCCAGCUGGAGAGAGGGGAAGCGCCAUGGAGCCCGGAUCCCUGGGAAGCAGAGGUUUUGAAAGGCACCUGUCCAGGUGGUGAGUUCUGGAUCAAGGAGGAGGAGCCAGCUGUAAAGCAGGAAACCUCUGAGGAGGCAGAAUUGCCCAGAAUGCCGGGAGGAGGACUUCUCAGAAACGUUUCCCAGCACUUUGACUUUAAAAGCAAGGCGACAUGGCAGACUUUCAGUCUGAAUCCAAAUCUGAUACUUCGGGGUGGCAUGAAGUUCUACGAAUGUAAAGAAUGUGGGAAAAUCUUCAGAUAUAAUUCAAAGCUGCUUCGGCACCAGAUGAGUCAUACUGGGGAAAAGCCCUUCAAGUGUAAGGAAUGCGGCAAAGCUUUUAAGUCCAGCUAUGACUGUAUCGUACACGAGAAGAAUCACAUCGGAGAAGGGCCCUAUGAAUGUAAGGAGUGCGGCAAAGGUUUGAGUUCCAACACGGCUUUGACUCAGCAUCAGAGGAUCCACACUGGGGAGAAACCGUACGAAUGUAAGGAGUGUGGGAAGGCCUUCCGAAGAAGCGCAGCCUAUCUGCAGCAUCAGAGAUUGCACACCGGAGAGAAGCUCUAUAAGUGCAAGGAAUGCUGGAAGGCUUUUGGGUGUCGGUCGCUUUUUAUCGUCCAUCAGAGGGUUCAUACGGGGGAGAAGCCCUACCAGUGUGAGGAAUGCGGCAAGGCCUUCACUCAGAAGAUAGCCUCCAUCCAGCAUCAGAGAGUGCACACCGGCGAGAAGCCCUAUGAGUGCAAGGUGUGCGGCAAAGCCUUCAAGUGGUAUGGCAGUUUUGUUCAGCACCAGAAGUUGCACCCUUUGGAGAAGAAGCACACCAAGGUUCUUGGGCCAUCCCUGAUGAGUCCCCCGUGUGCCCCUCCAGCCUUAUCUGCCGUUCCUGUCCAGGGCCCGUGCUCUGCUCCCGCUGUGGCCGCACCUUCACUGACCUUUCCACAUGCUGUGCUCAUUCCUACCUCCGGGCCUUUGUUUGUGCUACUGCCCGCACCUGGAAUGCCUUCUUCACCUGUCCAAACAGUGCGUGUCUUCCAGGGCCUUCCUCCCACUGUGAAGCCGUCUCCAGUUAUGCUGGUCCCUUCCCCUCAUGCCUCAUGAGCUUUAUUUCAGCACUCUAUCGGCUUUUAGGACCAGCAGAUCUUCAGCUUCACUUGA